UGGUAAAAGAAGAUCUCAGUGUCACAUUAUUCAUUUCUCUUACAAACUCUCACUUCUCUCAGACUGGUCCCCUUAUCACUACUUUUUCCAUUUUUGUGUAAACUUCAAAGCAAUACAAGUUUCGUUCUUCUUUGGGAGAGAAGUUGCAGACAGAGAGAAGGGUGAAGAGAAUGGGGAGGGGGAGAGUUGAGCUGAAGAAGAUAGAGAACAAGAUCAACCGCCAAGUUACUUUCUCAAAGAGGAGGACUGGUUUGCUCAAGAAAGCUCAUGAGCUUUCUGUGCUUUGUGAUGCUGAGAUUGCUCUCAUCAUUUUCUCUAACCAUGGCAAGCUUUAUCAGUUUGGAAGCUGCAACGCUGGAAUAAACAAAACACUAGAGCGAUACCAGGGUUGUUGCUUCAAUCCUCAGGACAACAGCAUUGAACGUGAAACACAGAAAUGGUACCAGGAAAUAUCAAAACUAGAGGUUAAAUAUGAAUCUCUUCAGCGAACUCAAAGGCAUUUGCUUGGAGAAGAUCUUGGACCAUUGAGUGUGAAAGAGUUGCAAAACCUUGAGAAACAGCUUGAAGGAUCUCUGCAAAUUGCUAGGCAAAGGAAGACACAAGUUAUGAUAGAACAAAUGGAAGAUCUCCGCAGAAAGGAGAGGCACCUUGGAGACCUCAAUCAGCAGCUAAAGACCAAGCUUGAGGCAGAAGGAUACACUCUCAAGGCAAUCCAAAACUUAUGGAUCUCUAGUUCUGCAGCUGGGAAUAACCACUUUCAUCAUCAGCAUGUGCAUCCUUCUCAAACCAACCCCAUGGAGUACCAUCCUCAUGAGCCUAUCUUACAAAUAGGGUACAAUCACUAUGAUCCAUCUGAGGGAUCGUCUGCUGCAAAGAGCAUGGCUGGUGGGGAUAACUUCAUUCCAGGAUGGGCUCUUUCAACACCCUUUAAGUUUUAGAAGUAUAAUUUGAUCAAAUAAUUGUCUUGGUAAUGGUGGCUUUUUGUAUUGGGAUUUGCAUUGUUACAAAAGUCUACCUGCCAUCCCUCUAAUGGGGAUUAGCAUACACUAAUCAGCAUGACUGUAAACAUCGAUCAUGAGUGUGGGCCGCGCGCACUCUUUUGAGAUUCAGUG